UGUGUCCCAACUCAUCGUGCGUGGGCUGAUCUGAAUCUGAUCUUACUCGGGUCGACGACUCCUGCCACAGCAUUUCUUCCUUCCCUUGCAAGUUCGAGGAUAUUGCCGUCGUCAUCCGCCAACUGUGUCCGGAGGUUCUGGAAAGCCCACAUCGCUCUCCGGUUGGCAAAAUAUGGCUUGUGCCUCUUGCUUCCCGAGAUGACGCUACUAUCGGCGGCCCGUCCCGGGAGGGCCGGCUGGUCGGAGCGCGACCGCUGGAGGCCGCACUCGCCCCGUCUCGGCUCUCCGUGCAUAUUGCUGUUGGUGUUGCUUUCGGUGUUUAUCGAGAAGUCAACGCAGCUGGAUCCAGUCGAGAACUUCUGCAGGCGGUUCGGCCAUCAGACGGCCAUGAUUGACAGGAAACUGUAUAUCGACGGCGGCUUCAUCAACUAUAAUCCAUUAUCGCAGUACCCCACAAACUACUCCAACACGGGGUUACAUUACCACGACCUCGACACGCCGGGGGCCGGGCGUAUGCCCCAGCUCUACGCCAAUCUCACCAAGAAUUCAUCUAUCCCAAGCGUCAGUGGCGGCACCCUCUGGACCGAUGAUGUCAACAAGCGAUUCUACCUCUUCGGCGGAGAGUAUUACCAACAGCCUCCCUCUCCGCAGUUCACGCUCUGGUCCUACGACGCCAUCUACGACCGCUGGGACUCGUUUGGUUCUCCAGCGCAGGAUGAUCUUGCUGCUGUCUCGUGGGGCGCCGGGGUCUCCGUCCCGGAGACGGGCGAAGGGUACUACUACGGGGGAUGGAAGUCGAACAACACCGUCCCAGGCUGGAAGGGCCCCCCACUUGCCGCGUCUGACCUGGUGAAGUACAAUAUGGACUCGAACAGCUUCUCCGUCGCCACCGGUCCGGACUCGCUGGGCCGGGCCGAGGGAGCCAUGGUGUUCAUUCCGGUAGGCGACGGGGGCAUGCUCGCUUACUUUGGCGGCGUGCAGGAUCCCCACGGCAACGGCACCUGGGUCGGGCAGCCGAUGGAAAACAUCUUCCUGUAUGACGUGCUCAGCUCGAAAUGGUACACCCAAAAUGCCAGUGGCCAGGUCCCUCCGAUGCGGAGGCGCUUUUGCGCCGGGGCGACAUGGGCCUCCGACCAGUCCAGCUAUAAUAUUUACAUAUACGGUGGCGCGGGCAUGCCCCCCGAUACAGCCGGCUUCGACGACUUGUAUAUCCUGACGAUCCCUUCUUUCCAAUGGAUAAAGAUGUACCCGGCCGAUGGCAAUCUCACCGGGUCGUACCCUCACCACUCCCUCAGCUGCAAUGUCAUCGACAACGCCCAGAUGCUCAUCAUUGGCGGCACCUUCCCGACGAUCGAUAGCUGCGACGUUCCCGUGCAAUACGGCGUUCACAACGUUGACAUGGGCGAACAGAACCGGGACAGAGAACUCUGGCAGCUCUUCGUCACCAACCUGACCCGUUACAGCGUCCCAGACCGCCUCGUCGAAGCCAUCGGCGGCUCGGCAGACGGAGGCGCAACCAAGACCGCCCCCGCCACCGGCUUCGCCAACCCCGAUCUGCGCGUCCUCAUGACGCGCAAAGCUAGCCUCCCUAGCCGCACCCCGACACGAGCCAUACCCACAGCAGCAACAGGGUCCCCGGAAGACGACAACGGCGACAAGGCGCUCUCGAAGGGCGCAAUAGCCGGCAUCGCCGUCGGGGGCGCCGGAGCGCUCAUAGCGUCCGCACUGGGCGUGUUUUGCCUCGUCCGCCGUCGUCGACGCCAGAGCCGCGCCAGAACCAAGAAUCCCUUGGGCCUCGUCCCAACCUCCAGCCUCCAAGUCCCGCCGCCCUCAUCGACAUACACCCCAGCCAGCCCCUACUCACACAGUCCGUUCUUGCAGCAACAGCAGCAGCAGCAACGACAUGGAAGUGGCUACAGCUACUACAGGGGGCCGGCAGAAUUACCCGUCGGAACGCCGCCGCCAGGGCCAGGGGUGACUUCGUGGCUGGGGACCGACGGGGUGACCUACGAGCUUGUGAACGCCCACAACACGGCGGCGGAGGGGGCGGCGGCGGUGGUGGUGGUGGACGGAGCAGGCAGUAGUAGCACCACCGAGGUUGGGACCGGGUCGGGGAAUAGCGGCGGCGGAGGCGAUGUGCCGCUGGCCAAGAUCGAUCAGGAGGGCCGGCUCUGGGUGCAAGUGUCUCCUGGCCCGGGCGGCCGACAGGUGCCGCCGCCGGGAAGGGGGGGAGAAGCUCACGGGAGUCCCCGCGGGCAGGGCCGCUAUCGUUCGUCGCCUGGCGGGCUUGGCGGAUACUCGCCGGUGAUGCAAAUGCCAGGUUUGCAGCAGCAGCAGCAGCAGCAGAGUAUGGAGCCGCAGGAGCUGAGUGGUGAGCCGAGACGGGGGGAGAUUGGCGCUGAUGGGUUGGGGGAGAGCACGGGUUGGGAUGCGGCACAUGGACGGCCGAGGCACCAGACUUUUUAUCAUCCUUGACACACACACACACACACACUUCCAAACGAGGUUUUUUUUCCCGUUUAACUAGUGUCUUUUCUGCUUUACUGGCGUUAUUUGAGCGGAGGGAAUACAUAUAUACCUACUUAGGUCGGUACCACAGAGGCUCGGCGUGUUUGAAGUGGGAAUGCGUUUUGUUUCUGGUCAGAAUUUUGAACAAAGACAGGAUUACUAGAGGGCAAGAUGGUUCGGGUUCUCGUACU